AAGUGUUUAAUGAAUAUCUAACUGAUGAUGAAUUUAUUCAUGUAAUAUAUAUCGAAAAGUUAAUAAAUGAAAUAACUAAUGCAAAUGAAACGAAAGACAAUAAUCUUCAAAUGGAAGAAGAAAACAGUUUACUUAAGACAAAGCUUAAUAAAUCGAGUGAUUUUACAUUAAAAGAGAUUGAACGAAUUAGAAAAGAAAAUUUACUCCUUAAGCAAGAGAACAAACGAGUCAGAAAUAGAUGUUUGCUUCUCAAACAAGAAAAUGAACGAGUCAGAAAUGAAUAUUUGCUUCUUAAAAAUAAAAAUGAUCAAACUAUAAAUGAUAAUAAAGUUCUAAAAACAACAAUUGAACAAACAAAUUUUAUAAACUCAGAACAUUCAAGUGACAUCAUAAAGACGCAAAGGUUUAAGAAUAAAAAAAGAAUUUUUGCUUUGGAAAUAGAAAGACUUUUAAAAAAAUUGAAUUUAAUCAAUUCAUCAUUAGCCCACAUAUGGCGCCAAUUCUUUAAAGAUGACAGUAACAUUGAAAUUAUUGAAUUAAAAAUUAAAUAUCUUGAUAAAAUUAUUCAUUACCAGUUAAUUCCAGAAUUAAUAAAUAAAUUAAUUUGA